AUGCCUAUCGGACCGGAAUUCAACCCUGCAACAGCAAUUGGAGCUCUUAAUCGUCCAGAGGUCGUGAAGAAAUCUGGUGUGAUUAUAAAGCCAAUCAAAUUUGAGGAAGUGAAUACCCAUGAAAGAGCCGAGGAGCACAAGACUAGACAGAAACAAAGACAGAAGAGUAAAAGUAGUGGCAAAGGUUUUAAAAAGACGAAUACUAAGGGGAUCAAGGCUAACUGA